AAGUGUGCAGCAGGGAGUCAUGUUGCAGUGACAGAUGUGGGGCGGGACUCGACCACUCUCACUGUCCAAACUGUUGCAAAACUUCAGUCUGGGACCAGUAGAUCCAGGAACAAAAAGGGGAAGACAUCAGUUUGUGAGCUUGUGGCGGAUACUGCGACCAUGGCAGAUGAAGCAGCCACGGUGGAGGACGGCGUCAGGCCGGCCCAGAGCCCCCUGGUCGAGGUCAGCUUCCAGAAAAACGUCCAAAGGGUCCAGAAGUACCUGGAGGCGGAACCCAAGGCCCUGGGGGUCACUCAGAUCGGCCUGAGUGUGUUUCAGAUCGUCUGUGUGGCCGUGUUUCUGGCCAAAGGCCUGAGUCACAUAGGUAUCGACAUCCCCUUCUUCAUUUCAUCUCUACUGGUGGUGAUAGCCGGGAGUGUGGCUGUCGCAGCACAGAACCUCCAUCUGCCAACGCUGAGAGCCUGUCUGGGGAUGCAGAUUGUGGCGAGUGGCGCGUCCCUGUUCAACCUGAUCUGUUGUCUGAUUAAAAUUGACGACUCACCCGUCUACUGCUGGCACUAUCACUACGACAACAGCACACUUCGAAUUGGCGAAAUCUGCCAUAACCUUGAGAAUAUCCGCUCCCACUUUUUUGUUGAGUCUGUGCUCAUCCAGGCUGCUCUGUUGGCCAUCUCCGUCACUCUGGCCACCUACUGCUGCAAAGUGGUCAACUGCUGCUCACCAGCCCCCAAAAUGACGGUGAUCACUGUACAAGCCCCCGCCGUCCAACAGUGAGGAGACGCGUACAAAAGGGAUGCACAGUCACACACUAAUGCUAAUGUCAAAGCUGCACUAACACUUUUUAUAUUAACAGUGGACGACAUGACUUAUGGUGUGUAAUGUGAAAUGUGUUGCCGCAGUUCCUCCUCCUGUUUAGCCUCUUUUAGCUCGUUGUUUUGCUUUUUUUGAAGUCGCAGCUGUUGAAAGCUAAAAAUGGGAUGAAACCACUUGUUCACUGUCUGCUCAGGAGCAGCAGUAGUGGGUGUAGUGCAGCUGGAGCUCGUCCAAUCAGGUAAUGCGGUGAUGUGAGGAAGUGAGGAGAAAUGAGGGACCUCGCUGCAUGUAAAGUUAUCCACAGUGUGUGAGCACUUUGUUCACCUGUUUGUAACUGCCUGUGCCAAUAAAGUUUGAUAUAUUCUGUG